UUGKUUAGURRUCGUUUUGACUUGGAUUUCUGAAUCGCUCUCGCGAAGUUUAAGUACAAUUCAAGUCAGUGAAAGUCACAAUUCAACAAGUAAUUCCACUGUACCAACAGUGCCGACGUCACGUCCAUUUGAAGGUCUCACUCCAGUUGUAAUAACAUGUGCWGUACUACURCAACUUCUAUUACCUUUCGUCUAUUGUUUUUGUUGUCGAGGGUUUAAAGCAUGUUUCAUGGACAAACUCCAACAAGCCGAAAAGCGUCAAAGAAAAAAAUGGGGAGARAGUCUCAUUAAACGACACGAGUGGGGGGAUUCCUGYUGCAGAMUUGUUUCUCUCMAUUUCUACUUCUCAUUCUUUUUGUGGUUCGUUUACUUAAUUUGUUAUAAUGUGUUGAACUGGUCCAAGUACGGCGUCGUCUUCAAGAAUCUUCACAUCAUGGCUAUUGUUGUGAUYGUGUUUUCAGCCCUGUUUGUUCUCAUUGAAAGUUUCUUUUCUAAUGAGUAUGAACACCUUGAUCACCCAAUGCAAAAGGAGGAAAUUAUAAGCUACAUUAAACGGUUGCGUAACAAAGCUCCCGAGAUUACCAUGUCUGUUGAGUGUUCUCAUUUAGAAGACAGGCCGAGGGGUAACGGCAAAGGUACUAAGUUAACAAAGAUCGUUACGUAYAGCGGGACACGCGAGUUUCGGUAUGGUAGUUUUGAGGACGUGUCUUCACCCGAAAUGCCGUGGAUUAGUCACUCWGUUUUGACCCGACUGAAGAUUGAUGCUUUUAUUGACUUUGGUGACGCCGAGACUGAAGAGGAAUUUGAACGGCAAAGAUCGGAAUAUUAUAAUGCUUUUUAUCACUUUGAUAAAGAUUUUAGUUUUCGUGUUAGUUAUGAUAUCCCAGGUUUAGACCACCGAAUUCUUGCCUACAUCGAUCCUUCGCAAACAGAUGGAUGGAUUAGUGGCAGGUAUUUUUGGUAUGCGACAUGCUGUUGCCUAACUUGGCCAUAUCGCUGGUUGUUCAGAGCAAAAACAGCGCAAUGUYGCUAUGAUAUCAAGAAAAAGAUGUACAUGUCUGUUAAGCCAUUGUCUUCCGACUUCCAAGAUCCUGAUGAUAAUCCACCAUUAACCGAAUCAAAGGAAAAACCUUCGUUUUCCAUGACUGGAGAAUUACCCGGUGAUGCCACGCGGACGUGCUCUAAUGGCAACCCUUCUCAUCAAGACACAAACCUAUUAACCAAUCAGGAAGAACCAUACACUUCGGCCAAUCAGGAAGGAUCGUACUGUCCAACCAAUGAGGUAACAACGCACGCCCAAAUUAAUCAGGAUCCAGACUCGCCUGCAACUAAUCAAGAAAAAGUGCCGUAUGUUCCACUGUUGCUGCAAGAAGAGCCUGAUAUACCACCUCCUUCCUACGACAUGGCUACAGAUUCAGCUAAUUAGAAUCGAGCAAGAGAGUUUGAAGUUCACAAAUAUAGCUGAAAUCUUACACAAGCCUCUUUAUAAUGCGCUUCUCGCCCAAUUUGGGCAUGUUCAGUAAAAACUCAUGCCACUUUCCCAACUCUUGGAUUUUCAUAUMAAAUUUUACUUUCCAACCCGUUYACACCGUAUCAUAUUAUGAAAGGCUUGGACCAAUCUAAGGCAAAAAUGUUUAACAAUAGAGGUAUAAAGAGGCUUUUUCUCAGAGCGGAGUUUGUAUUGUUCUCUGCACUACAAGGGCGUUUAGAUAAACAUAKAAGUGAUACGAUAGAGACAAUUCAAUGCGGGGGUGUAUCCUUAGAAUAUUUUCAGCUGUCAGUGUCAUGUUUACUUCUACAUUAACUAUUCAUUGAAAGGGAAGUAUGUUUGUAUAGCUGAUACAAUAUAUCUCGAUAUUUGAUGACCAUUAAGCUCCCUCGUUUUGUUAUUAAUGAUUGUGCAAUUUGCGUAAGUACGCAAUAAGUGUAUUGUCGAGGGCCUUUGGCUAUUUUUUCAAGCGUUCAUUAAAUAAAUUGCACAUUGGUCACUUUUCGAUUGUUAAUAAUAUUAUCUUUAUUAAUAACAAGUGUAGCGAGCUAGUAUACAUAUGGCGAAAUAGCUUUUGUUUUGCUUACGCUUAUCUAUUAAAAAUUGAAAAUGUGAAAUUUUGUAGUUGUACUUGAUAAUAGAUUAUAAUUGAUUUGCUUAUCUGAUUACAAUUUUUAGGAUAACAUGAAUGUGAUUGUGAAUGGCGAUUAUACAAUUCUUUUUUAACUCUAGUAUAUUGGAGACCUUUUUACCGCAUCUGUAAACCAUUGGCAAUUUAUUGAUUAAAAAAGACUGAUUUUCAGUGCAGUUUUAUUGAAAGACGCAAACGAAUAUCUGUAUUAACUAUCAUAAAGCUGGGCUAAAAUGAGAAAAACUAUCAUCGAACAUCGUAUAAAUAUGGAGGAAGCUCAAAGUGAAAGAUAUUUGAUGGUAAUGCUUGCUGGUGGUCUUUACCUGUAAUGACAUUGGCGAGACGCGCCGAUAUUGACAAAAGUACAAACUGAACAAUGUUCACUGUUGUUUUUGCGGUUUGUGUUUCUGGUAUUUCAGGCUUUUUUUUCGAACAAACAGCAUUACCUUUAUGUUUUUCAGCACACCUUAGGCAUCUCAUUUUGUUUUUUAAUGCUCUUCUCGACCUUCAAUAGCGUAAAUUUCGUCAAGAAACUUCGUUCUUCGUAGUUUUUAUCCGCCAUGUUGAUACUUUCAUCAGUACCAUGAUGCACUUCG